CUCGCUACAUUUACCGGUAAACAACAAUGGUGGAUUCAGCUCCCAUUUUGUAAAACCUAAAUCCCAUCCGAUCGAGAAGAAGAAGAUGAAUACAGACAUUACGGCAUCGGCGAAGCCGGAAUAUCCAGUUGUAGAUCGGAAUCCUCCCUUUACGAAGACGGUGGCCAAUUUUAACACCCUCGAUUACCUCCGUCUCACCACCAUUACCGGCGUCUCCGUAGUUGUCGGCUACCUCUCCGGAAUUAAGCCGGGGAUAAGAGGGCCAUCAAUGGUGACAGGUGGUUUGAUAGGGGUGAUGGGAGGUUUCAUGUACGCGUACCAGAACUCAGCUGGGAGGCUCAUGGGAUUUUUCCCCAAUGAAGGCGAGGUUGCCAAGCACAAGAAACAUUCAUUCUAGGGAUUAUCUGACACUUUCUCUUUACAUAAUUUUGACGAGAAACUUAGAAAUCUUGGGCAUGUUUCUAUAUUUUUAAGCUCAUUUAUGUAAGGAUUUGCAAGUUUUCAUGCUACUCUCAAUAACCAAAUUGAAAAAUGAAUCGCUCAUUUUGAAAACGCUUGUUAUUUCUAUGUGUAAUUGCUGAACUACUUUGCAUCUUGAAAUCUGAUUUACUCUUCUAUAUUUAA